AUGACACCUAUUACAUUAGGCUAUCUUGGCAAAGCGAAGAAUAAACACGGGUGUACUAUAACACUCAAAACGUUGAUUUUUCUGUUUCUAACAUAUUAUAUCCAAGAAAGUAACUGCGGCUAUGUUAACAGUUUUGAUGUCGAUGUUAAAAUGCAGGGAACACUGGAAGAAGAAGUACAUAUCGAAGACGAAGAUUCUGGUGGUCGUCUGCCAAGGACUCACGAGCCGUAUCAUUACAGAGUGUGGCUUCAACCGUAUUUCACGGAGGCAAAAGACGGACACAAGUUCCUUGACUUAGAUGGAAAAGUUGACAUUUAUUUCAAAUGUCUUGAAGAUACUGACCGAGUUACUGUUCACCAGCGAAUGACGAUUCUAAAAUACGAACUUUACGACAUCAGCGACGCAGUAGAAAAACAGAUUCCCAUCGCCGGCAACAGUACAAUUACCGAAUAUGAUUGGUUUGUCAUAAACACGGUUGACCUCCUGGAGUCUGGUACCAGUUACCGUCUCUCUAUGGAGUAUGUGGGCACCGUGAAUAAUACAGACGACCGAGGGUUUUACUAUGGCAAUUAUGUGGAAGACGGCCAAAAUAAAACAUUCGUUGCUACCCAGUUUGAAUCUGUCAGAGCACGCCGCGCGUUCCCCUGCUUUGAUGAACCAGAUUUCAAAGCAACAUUUGAUACCAUAUUAGUUUACAGACCAGAGUACGUGGCACUGUCCAACAUGGAAACCGUGAGGAAUGACACCUACUAUGAUCCAAACACCGAUGAUGUGUGGAACGUCACUUAUUUUAAUACAACCGUCAAAAUGUCCACUUAUCUGAAUGCCUACACCAUUGGCGACUGGGCGUGUAUAGAAAGCACUUCACGUACGGGAAUAAAGUUCCGUAUAUGGAGUCAGCCCUCGUUGCUUUAUCAGGCGGAAUACGCACUGGAAGUAGGAAUGAUACAACUUAGUAACUUUGAAGAUCUUUGGGGUAUGAGUUAUGCCCUGAGGAAAAUGGAUAUGUCUGCAUUGCCAAUAUUCGGACCUGGAGCUAUGGAAAACUGGGGUUUAAUUCUCUACAGAGAAGUGUAUUUAUUAUACAAUGAAGAAGAGCAUUCACCAUCAAGACAGAAAGCAGUAGCACAGGUUAUCGGUCAUGAAACCAUACACCAGUGGUUUGGAAAUGUAGUUACAAUGGAUUGGUGGAGCCAUCUUUGGCUUAAUGAAGGAUUCGCUUCUUAUUUCGAAUAUUAUGGAGCAAAUUGGGUGGAGCCUGGAUUCCAAUAUUAUGAACAAUUCUUCCAGGAGGGGGAACAAUAUAGCACUUUCAACAAGGACCAACAAGGCGACUCACACCCACUGAUAAUGGACAUUUCUACUGAUGAGUCGGAAAUAACGAGUUUCUUUGACACUAUCACCUAUAGCAAGGGAUCAUCUAUAAUUAUGCUAAUGAGAGGAUUUAUGGGAGAAGAUCUGUUGUUUAAAGGUUUUCGUAAUUAUCUCAAUUGGUUUGCCUACGACAACGCCGUAUCUGAUGAUUUGUGGAGAGUUUUAACAGAGACAAUAGAACAUGAGAUGGGGGAAAACAUUACUGAAGUGUUUGGAUUCGAUAUGAAACAAAUUAUGGACACUUGGACUUUACAAAUGGGAUUCCCAGUUGUUGAUCUAAUCCGUACAUCCCCCAGUAACGUUCAAGCUCAUCAGAAACAUUUCUUAAAAGAUCCCAACGACGUGGUUGAAGACGAAGACUUCGGGAACCUUGGAUAUGUAUGGCACAUUCCAUUAACUUUCACCCACGAAGCUGAACAAUUGUUUGAAAAUCCGAAAACCACGUGGCUUCAUUUGACUUCCGCUGAGUUUACAUUGGAUGGAGCAGAUGAAAUUCAUUGGUAUAUUGCUAAUAUUAACCAGACUGCUCUGAUACGGGUCAACUAUGAUUUAGAGAAUUGGGGAAGACUGGCCCAACAACUGUUAGUUAAUCAUGAGGCACUUCCCGUGAGAAAUCGAGCACACCUCAUAAACGAUGCCCUAGUACUGGGCCAAGCUCAACAACUAGAUCACGUUGUAUCCAUGGAGAUAAUUCAGUAUUUGUACAACGAGAUUGAGUAUAUACCAUGGCAAGCCUAUAUAGCAGAGCAGUAUUACACAAAGUACAUGUUAUGGAGAACGUCAACAUAUGGCUUGUUACAGAAAUACAUACGAUAUUUGGUUAGUCCAAAUUAUGCAAAUCUGGGGUGGGAUUUUGACCCGACAGACGACAUUGACUAG